AUGGAUUUGAAUGAAGACAAACUUACGUUAUUCCACUGCAAACAAACCAUCACAACACAACAACUAUUACGAUCACUACCACUACCACAAUCACCACCAAUACCAAUACCACUGCCACUACACUACCCCCGCACUACCCCCGCACUACCCCCGCACUACCCCCGCACUACCCCCGCACUACCCCUGCACUACCCCCGCACUACCCCUGCACUACCACUGCACUACCACUGCACUACCCCCGCACUACCACUGCACUACCACUACACUACCCCCGCACUACCACCGCACUACCACCGCACUACCCCCGCACUACCACCGCACUACCCCCGCACUACCACCGCACUACCACCGCACUACCCCCGCACUACCCCCGCACUACCCCCGCACUACCACCGCACUACCCCUGCACUACCACUGCACUACCCCCGCACUACCCCUGCACUACCACUGCACUACCCCCGCACUACCACUGCACUACCCCCGCACUACCACCGCACUACCACCGCACUACCCCCGCACUACCCCCGCACUACCACCGCACUACCCCCGCACUACCCCCGCACUACCCCCGCACUACCCCUACACUACCACUGCACUACCCCCGCACUACCACUGCACUACCCCCGCACUACCACCGCACUACCACCGCACUACCCCCGCACUACCCCCGCACUACCACCGCACUACCCCCGCACUACCCCCGCACUACCCCCGCACUAUCCCCGCACUACCCCUGCACUACCCCCGCACUACCCCCGCACUACCCCUGCACUACCCCCGCACUACCCCUGCACUACCACCGCACUACCACUGCACUACCCCCGCACCACCCCCGCACUACCACUACACUACCCCCGCACUACCACUACACUACCCCCGCACUACCACUGCACUACCCCCGCACUACCCCCGCACUACCACUACACUACCCCCGCACUACCACUACACUACCCCCGCACUACCACUGCACUACCACCGCACUACCCCCGCACUACCACCGCACUACCACCGCACUACCACUGCACUACCACUGCACUACCACCGCACUACCACCGCACUACCACUACACUACCCCCGCACUACCACUCCACUACCACUACACUACCCCCGCACUACCACUGCACUACCACUACACUACCCCCGCACUAUCACUACACUACCCCCGCACUACCACUGCACUACCCCCGCACUACCACUGCACUACCCCCGCACUACCACCGCACUACCACCGCACUACCACCGCACUACCACUGCACUACCACUGCACUACCACCGCACUACCCCCGCACUACCACUGCAUUACCACUGCAUUACCACUACACUACCACUACACUACCCCCGCACUACCACUGCACUACCACUACACUACCCCCGCACUAUCACUACACUACCCCCGCACUACCACUGCACUACCCCCGCACUACCACUGCACUACCACCGCACUACCACCGCACUACCACCGCACUACCCCCGCACUAUCACUGCACUACCCCCGCACUACCACUGCAUUACCACUGCAUUACCACUACACUACCACUGCACUACCACUGCACUACCACUGCACUACCACUGCACUACCACUGCACUACCACUGUACUACCACUACACUACCACUGCACUACCAUCACACUGCCACUACACUAUCACUACCACUACCACUACCAGUACCACUACGACUACCAGUACCACUACCACCACCACUACCACGACCACUACCACUACCACUAUCACUAUCACGACCACUACCACUACCACUAUCACUACCACUACCAAUACCACUACCAAUACCACUACCACUACUACAACAACUACCACUACUACUAUCACUAUCAAUACCACUACCACCACCAUAUCACAACCAUAUCAUCAGACGAACCGCAUGCUAAACACAGAAAAACCAAAUGA